AUGAUGGCUGGUGAAAUGCACUCAAAGUGUGUUGUGCCUGACUAUCAACCUGUCGGUGAAGGAUCCAACCUCCGCAUGACCUUUCCUGCCGGGAUUCCUUUCGGUUGUAGUAGCCUUCGAACCAUCAAGGUCUCUGAAUUUGAUUAUAUUUAUUCUGAAAUUAUUGAUGCUGAAGGUCAAUCAUUGGCAACUCGCUGUCGGAACUCAAUUUACGAAUUGGGUGAACAUCAAACAACCUGGCACCAUCUUCCCAACCCUUGGCGCACAAAGGCAAAAGGCAGAGUGAUAAGGCAUCUUCCAAUCAAUUUAUAUUCAGACGACACGUCCGGCAACCAAUCCAAGCGUUGGAACAAGCACAUAUCUUACUAUUUCACAUUGUCCGGUCUACCCCCGCGCUGGACAAAUCAAAAUUACAAUUGUCACUAUCUGACCACUUCCAAUGUCGCUGGCGCAAUGGAGCUGGCUGCCCCAAUAGUCUCUGACCUUCGAAUGCUGGUGUCGGAAGGUUAUCCCGCCUUUGAUUGCACUCUCAAAGAGGAGGUCUUGUUGGUUUCACACAUACUCUGUUUCCUGGGCGACUCCCCGAUGCACGCCGAGAUCACCAGCACACCAAAUCCUGGGAAUUCCCUCCACCCUUGCCGGGCGUGUGCUUUGUCGGCUGCAAGUGUCAGAUCAAAGGCAACCAUGGAUUAUAUUAAACAUCCACCGCGCUUGUGGGAGCAGAUCAAAUCCCAAUGCUACAAGGUGUGGAGCAUGGCUAAAAGACCAAGGACCAAGACUGCCGUUGGCAACAGCUCAUCUACACAUGGUGUGAAGGACAUGAUCAACCGAGCUAUUAUUGACCGGAGGUAUGAAGUGCUCGAAUCAGGCCACGAGCCUACCGAACCCGAGAGGAAGUUCCUGGAGACGGCCCCGGGAUUUGAUGGGUGUCGUGACACCCCUGUGGAGAUCCUACAUGUAUUUCUACUUGGUGUGGUCAAAUACCUUGUCCGGGACUUCAUGCGUCGCCUCUCCGCCGAGGAUAAACUUAAUGUCAAAGCUCGGUAUCAAACAUUCAAUAUUGACGGCUUGAAUAUACCUUCCAUUCAGGCAUCUUACCUCACCAAUCACUACUCCAAUUUCAUUGGCAAGGACUUCCGAGUUGUCCUCCAAGCCGCCCCUUUUGUGCUUUUUGAAUACAUGGAUGAUGUAGAACGGACGUUGUGGACCGCACUGUGCCAGCUUGCGCCUUUAGUUUUCCAAACACACAUAGAGGAUAUGGCCGUCUUCCAAGUGCGACUGGCCUACCACGUUCGGAAAUUCUUAUAUCUACUUGUCAAGGGCACCGCGCAAUGGGUCAAUAAGCCCAAAAUUCACAUGCUGCUACACUUAAUGGAAUCAACUGGCCGAUUUGGAUCUGCAAGUCUGUUUGCCACUGAAAAGUUUGAAGGCUACAACAGUAACUUGCGAAAUGCGUCAGUACAUUCCAACCACCACAGUCCCGGCAAAGAUAUAGGUGUUACUUUUGCAAAUUAUCGUGUUCUUCGGCACAUAUUGUCGGGUGGCUUCUUCUUAGACAAGCGUCAGGGCCGAUAUUCCUCCGCAGGACCUUGUGUGACCAAAAUCUUUUCACAGAGUGCCACUGUUCAAAAGUCGAUGGGAUUCAAUUCUGCCCUGCUUGACGAGUCAGACCAACAGUACCCAAACAUCAGGAAGUGGAAAGUCUUACCGGCACAGAAGGCUCCAAUUCUGCUGGAACUGCAGGAACAUCUGCAAGAUUACACAGUUUCACAGAUUGCUGAGGUCAACCUUGACAGCAAGCAUGUCAUUCGAUCUAGCUCUUUUGUUUUGUUUGGCCGUGGGGGCAGUGUUAUCUCGGGCAACCAGCAAUUGGGUUGGGUGGACCACCUGUGGAAAGCUAAAUCAGGCCACCAACUUGCUCUGUACUUAUGCCUUACACCAUUCAACCCUGAGGGUGUGGACAAUUUUUACAGCAUGAGGCGUGUGAAACGCACUCAAGCAGGUAUCUUCAUUAAUGUUAGAAAUGUCAGUGCUACACUGAAUGUGCAGCACAAUUGUCACCUUUCAAGCUGUAGCAUUGCUGCAACAACACCGGAACGCAGGGAGAGGCAGGAGACAGGCGCCUACUUGGAUGGAGUUGUCCAUGCAGACCAAGAUAACUAUGUAGUAAAUCUGGCCUCUUUAUCGUCAACCUUGGACCACCAAAAUUACUCGGAUGUCCCCUCUGUGGACAUGCAAGACCAUGACCAAUUAGCAGCUCUGCAUGAGGGCUUGGCAUAUUGGCAUGCUGCAGGGACCCCAACUGGCCCGGUGGGACCAGUUGAGGCUUUGGACCCAACCUUAGGGUUGGGGUAG